AUGGCCGCGGACAUGGACUCAGACGCGGUGCGAUCUAGACUUGAGGCUUUAUGUCCUAUCCUUGAUCAAAUUCAAGACAACACUCGAUCAGCUUCCAUCAGCAUCGGCGUUCUUCAUCACGGAGAAGUGGUCUUCACUCGAAGUCGCGGGUUCCGUGACGCGGAGUCACUAGCACCCGUUGAUUCUGCGACGAAUUAUCUACUAUGUUCACUCACGAAAGCUUUCACAGCUGCCUGUUGCGGCAUCCUUGUCGAUGAAGGAAAGUUGGAGUGGACAAAGUCGUUGCAGAGUUAUAUCCCGUUCCGCAGUAUCGUGGAUCCUGUUAUCGGUGAAAGAGCGACCAUGCAAGAUGUGCUCUCACAUAAUACUGGGCUAGCACACAUGGACCUUACGUGGCUAGGGGUAGAGUGUGGCUACAUCCUUGAUAAAGAGGAUUUGCUUGGGGUUGUAAGCCAUCUUCCUCCGGUCCAUGACCUACGACGUGGCUUUCAUUAUAACAACUACAUGUACGCUGUGGCUGGCUCAGUCAUUGAGACACAGUCAGGUCGGCCGUGGUACGAGCUUUUGAGAGAGAGGAUCUUGGAACCCCUUGCAAUGCAUCGAACUGUCACAAACCGAGCUAAGUUACCGGAUGACAAUGUUGCAGAACCCCAUGUCGUCCUUGACGACUACUCACUACACAGGCAAAAGCCGGUUGACACAGCCGCUGAUAACACUCUUAUGGGACCGGCUGGAAGUGUCUGGUCUAAUGUAUCAGACAUGAUGAAGUGGGCAAAAGCUCUCCUCGACGGUAUUCACGAUGGGCCUUCAGUCCUCAAAGAGGUACCGACAAUCGUAUCACACAAGAGUUACAUUACGACAUCUUCUAUCGGCGAGAAUACACACGGCCUCGGGUUCGCUCGCGCCAUGAUUCCAUCGACAGAGCUAGGAAUGCUUUCUCUCAACGGUCCGCAAAGAGAACACAUAAUUGGUCAAACGUCAAGACCAAGGCUUGUUUUGUAUCAUAAUGGCGAUAUGUCGGGAUACCUGACAGCUUUCUACUUGUUUCCGGAGACGAAGUCUGCGAUCGUGGCGUUGGGUAACUCUCAUGGCUUGGGAGAUGGACCGGACUGGUCUGCGCAAGCUAUUGCACAAGCCAUGUUUGACCUCCAGCCGCUGGUCGACUUUGACGAGGUAUCUAAGCAGAGAGCGAAGAUAGAGUAUGAGAGAUAUACCCGUCUGGCGGCAGACUUUGAGUACUUUCGAAACCAGGAGAGAAGGGAAGAACACCAGUUAAAUGUCAAUCUCGAGGACUAUGUCGGCAAGUAUGUUAACACGGGGCUUAAAAUGGCGCUGGAUAUCAGACAUAGCACGGGUGAAAGCCUGACCUUGGUUGUCAAUAAUGUGCCGUCACAACACCAUCAACUGACUCACUUUGCUGGAGGCAAGCUGGGAUUUCUGCCCUCUUCACGUGAGGAGUUUGCUAUUCGGGAAUUCAUCGAUUGGUUCAAAUGGGAUCAAUUCAUUCUCAGCUUUCAUCGUCAUGAAGAGUUGGGGACAGUAAACGGAGUUUCCUGGGCUUUGCAAAACGGCAUUAAGCCAAUGUAA